AUGAUAUAUACGCAUAAUUUAAGUACUUCCUUUUUUAUCAGAAGCAUUAGACUCGAAGAAAUUGCCAAUAAGGAAGCUUGUUCCAGCAAUGGCAGGAAUACUCUUUCGGUUACUAGAAUUGGAGGGCUAGUGCAUGGCUAUGAUCAAGUUCUUCCGAUUCUUGAGGGCACCCAGAUGGUUAAAGAUCGAGAGGAUGAGCAUAUGACUGAUGGAAGAAAGAUCGUACAACUCAACGAUUAUCCUGGAUCUGGGGCCAACAAUCGUCACACUCCAAGACCACAAUUUGGAAGAUGUGUUGAUUGUUAG